AUGCUUUCUUACCUCGGCCUCUUGGUCUUGGUCUUAGUUCACAUCACGCCUCUGUCUCUGGCAGACGCACCGUGCCCUUCCAAUCAGUACUACGACUCACUGUCUGAGGAGUGCGAGUCUUGCGUGUUGCGAUGCGGUUCCCCUCCGUCAGUUUGCACAGCGUUUUGUGCUGAGCCUGAGGCCAUAGAGUCAUCAUCAGGCAGCAGCAUACGAGUGGUUUUGGUGAUUUUGUUCGUCUUCCUGGGAGUGGCCAUGACACUGGCCAUGACACUGAUCCUGCAGUUCCUGAGAAGAAAGACGUGUAAAACUGACCCCAAUCACAGAGUGCCUUGCCAGGAGGAAAGAGGACCAACGGUGUUACAAGAAGAGGAGGCCCUUGACAUCCCAGAAGGAACUGGAGGCGCCCUUGCAGAUUUCAGCCAAGCUCACCACGAAGGACAGAGUGGAGUAACUCCCAAUUCCAGCCUGCCCCUUCCCUCCACUGAAGAAGGAACAACUGUACUAGUCACUACAAAGACUGGACAGAGUUAUAACAGUUGUAGAUGGACACAGAACACUGGCAAUAAUAAUAGAGCUCACAACCUGUUUACAUCUUCUGGCUUUGUGCCCUGA